GUGAAUGCAAAGAUGGCGUGGAAGUCGGCGGCAAAAUUAGCGAAGCCCCGGAGUCGAAGAAAACUGUAUCGUGCAAUGCAUCGCGCAAGCAAAGCCAUCGUGAGAGGGAGAGGGAUCAAGGCGGAAAGCUUCCCAAGUGUUUCUGCAUUUCAGCCCUGAGAGCAUGGCUUGCUGGUCGUGCACCGCCCCUCGGAUCCAUCAAUGAUCUGACCUUCUUUCAGAUAGGGCCCACAAACACGGUGACGCCGCUCAAGCAGCUGAAGGGUCAGCUGGACGAUGUCAUUGAGGUCCAGAUGAAGCGAUAUCUGCAGGAUCGUUGCAUCGACGGGAAGUCAGGGCUACGCCGGCUUUUGGAAAGCUUUGUCAUUAUGGCCAGCCUUCUGAUAGCAGUGCCCUUCUGCAGCUUCCUUGCUUGCACCGUCAUCCCAUUAUCAUCCCCUGAGAGGGGGUUUUGGGGCAACUGGACUUUCAACCUUCUAGCCCAUCCAGUCCUCAACUAUGUCAUUGCCCGAGGGCAGAUUGAGGUCAUCACUCGCGCCUUCACCCACCAGGAACGAGCCCGGAUCCGUUGGAUCGUUCGACUUGCACCACUUGUCGACCCACCUCUGUGCCUGCUGGCCCACCUCAUCUUCGCCUUUGCGGGAAUGUACCCUAUUCCAGCGGCUCCGAUUCUUUCCUGUAUUCCUGCCCUCUUCGGCUCGAUAUAUGUCUACUGGUGGAUGGUUCCGAAGGACUUCAAGACGCCGGGAGCCCGGCCUCUCAGCUUUAACGUAGACCUCUGUAAUCGUCGUGGUUCUCUAUCACUGGCACACUAA